AGCCCUCGGCUCAGCUUCUAGCUACGCCACGCCCACAUCGCGGGCGCGUGCACGCGCGUGCUUAUAAAAAGGGUCGCACGAAUAAAGUUGCAGCUCGUUUGCCGUCUCUUUUGUUCUGUAAUACCAAUUUUCAUUGCGUAUUCACCAGAGAGAGUCAUGAAAUCAGUGAUACGUCUGUUGGCAUUAGCUCCAUUGAUGGUGCAUCAAAUAGUAGCGCAACAGCCACAAGGGAAUGACAAUCAGAAAGACUCAAAUACUAAGGUAAGGAGUGGUCUAUUCCAAUAGUGGCCCUGGUUCUCGCUUUCAUUAUCAUAACCGGAGUCAUAGCCUACACAGUGUACAGACAGAAGAAGUACGGGGCCUUUUGUUGCCUAAUGCCAGUGAGUUGUGCGAUUCCGCGUCACUGUGGUAGAUUGCGCAUGCGUGUACAAUUGCCGUGAGUGCGCAUGCGUGUAAAGGAGAGAGCGGUUUUACGGUAUUCUCUCCCCUCGCAGAAAAUGCGGUAUCGUGUUGGGACAAGUGAAGAGACAAUUGAGCGUCAAGACUACCCUUCGCCUCCUCCAUCGUAUGAUAUGAGUCGCAGACACAUUAUUGCUCCACCUGAAUACCAUGAUGCUCUUCAAGAUGUUCUCCUUGAGUCAGGCAACAGCAGUAAUACAGGGCAAACUGGCAGCAGACUCACUUCAUGGUCAAACAUUGCAAUGAAUAUCAGCACACCACCGGAAUAUGCCGCAGUUGUGACUAGUACUGUACUGAAUACUACAGAAACACUGCAUCAAGAUAGUGAAGCAGAACAUGACACUAGCAGAGACACAGACUCAUCCUCUAAUGCAACCAUGUCACUAAGUAACAUUUUGGAGGAGCAGAUUACAGGGGGAGAGCUAAUUUCCCCGCGUCUAUCCUCUACAUCAGCAGACACUGAAAGUGAGCAGACCAGAACGUUGAUUGAUUAGUCCUACUAAUACAGGAUGCUCUCACUCUUAUUAUCACUCACCAUUAUCAUUGAUGUGUUAUAUCGCUCCAUUCAGCACUAUCUACUCAUCAUAACAAAUAUUUAUUCAUUGCUGCAAUACACACUAGUACGUCAGGUGGCAAAAAUAUUCAGGGCCAUGCCAUACUUGGUAAGCACGUAAUGUGCUACAGAAUGGCAAGCAAAAUAAAAGCGAGAUACACGUGAGACUGCUCGUCUAAGUUUGUGUAAGCUCAUUGGAGCCAGUGUCAUUCUGUGGAAACGCCGCCGUGAAGGAUGGCUAAACUGUGGGCGUUCGCGUUCUUGGUCGUCGCUCUGUGUGCAACUGGGUCCCGGGCCCAAGAAGAGAGUAGCAAGGACAAGCCGAAGGGCUCCGAUGCCACCACUGAAUAUCCAACCCUCUCCCCCCCACCGCCUCCCCCAGACCCUCUUAUUCACAAUCUCCAGUUUUCUCUGCCCAUCGUUACAGUGUGCAUACUUCUCUUCAUAAUGAUGGUCAUCGUCAUCGUCGUCAUGCGAAAGGCACGCUACGGACAGUUCUGCUGCCUCAAACCAGUUAAUGCAGAGAGUGGCAACCAGACACCCCCACCGACGUAUAAAGUGAUGGAAAUGAUUGCUCCUCCAGACUACACCGACGCGCUGCAGGACGUCCUCGUGAGCCAGAGCAAGCAGGAGGGAGAGGAGGAGCCUUCUGAGGAGACCAGGGAAGGCACUUCAACGGUGGAGGUCCCACUGGAAGACAAUGAGGCUGAAGAUGAUCGCACUCCUCUCAAUCCCUAAACAUGUUCUGGACCACACAGCUCUGAUUUUUUUUCGUUGUUUAGUUAUCUCUUUUUUGUGCCGUGUAUCAUAGGCUACAGCACUAAACUCUAUUAAUUAUUUGCUCCAUGUUCUUCACCCGUUUUUUUUGUAAAAGUUGUGUAAUUGUGAACGAGUAGAUUUUUUUAACCCCAAUUCAAACUUGUGUUCUAUUAUAUAUGCCUGUCAGAUGAAAGGUUAUAGAGGAUUGGGAAUGGAGGAAGGUAUGACAACUGACGAGGUUGGACUCAUACAACUGUGCUAAGAAGCUCACAAUGUUCGGUGCUAAUGAACGCACAUAUGGUAGUUGAUAGGCUUUGUUUUCCCAA